AUGUCGACCAAGAUGCGCUUCCCGUCGGAAAGCCGCAAGCAAUUCCCCCUCACGACUCAUGAUAGCGGCUUAACCCGCAUGCCGAACCUCCACUAUUCCCCGCACUCGUCUGCCUACUGUAGAAUUUGCAAACUCAAUCCCCAGCAUCUCAAGAUCUCGAAAACCCCGAUCCCAACCGCCUCCCCCAACUCCCCAACGUCCUCCAACAUGACCGACCCAGCCCCUGACCCUAUCACUAGCGCAAAAGCCCAAGAAGCAACCCAGCAAUUCGCCAUUCGCCCCGCGACCCGGGACGACAUUCCCGCGCUGCAACAAAUGAUUGCGGAAUCGCUGCGGGCGCUGGGGAAAGGGUACUAUACGGAAGCGGAACUCGAUGGCUCGAUUGGCUCUCUCUUUGGACCGGACUCGGUGUUGAUUGGCGAUGGAACAUACUACAUCCUCCACCCCCUCUCCACCCCCUCAACAAUCUGCUGCUCAAGCGGCUGGUCCUACCGACACACCCUCUACGGCGCCGACACAGCGCCCCCACCACUCCGCCUCCCCGCCCUACGCAACCCCUCCACCGACCGCGCCAGCAUCCGAGCCAUCUUCACGCAUCCAGCGUGGGCGCGGCGCGGCCUGGGCACGAUGAUGCUGCGGUAUUGUGAGGCGCGGGCGCGGGAGGGGGUCAGCGGCGUGGUGGAUGGGUUUAGGCGGCUGGAGAUGGGGGCGACGUUGAGUGGGGUGGGGUUGUAUGAGAGGUGUGGGUAUAGGGCGAGUGGGAGGGAGGAUGUGGUGAGGUGUGGGAAUGGGGAGGGGGUGAGGAUUAGGCAUAUGGUUAAGGAUUUGGAGGAGUAG